GCUGGGACCCAGGCAUCCGGCACGCAGGAAGGGGCGGGAGCAGCACAGAGUCGCCAUGCCUGGUGCAGGGGCCGAGCUGAGCCAGGCUGAGCAUCACACCACAGCCCAGCCCAGCAGGACCACAGGUAGCGCCGGAGCCCCACGGUCGCACCGGGCAGAGCAGCAUUUUCUAGCAUCCACGUCAGCCUCAGCUGCCUGGAUGGAAGAAGGGAGAGAGCUGGUGGCCUCUGGUCCCCCAGGGAGAGGGGAGACUGGCAUCCCCGGGCACAUCUGCAAAGCAGGAAAAAGGGUGGAAGAGGAGGGUGAAGAGGACCACAUGGAGCAGGAAGACCCUGAUGAAGUAAAAGCGGAUGAAAAAGCAAUAAAAUCCAAAGGAAGUAAUGCUGGGAAUGCUCUGGCAAGAGAGGCUGGGGAGAGCAGGCAGGGGCUGGGAGGACCUGAGCCAGGGAAAACAGCAGAUGAAAUCACCCAUCAUGAGGGGGUUCAGCAGCAAUUUGCAGAAGAAAGUCUCUAUGAAUGUUCCCACUGUAAGAAAUGCUUCCAGGACAGAUCUGAGCUCAUUUGCCAUCAAAGGCUGCACAGAGGAGAAAAGACUUUCAAAUGCCAAGAGUGCAGAAAGGAGUUUGGAAAAAGCUCAGACCUUACGUCACAUCAGAAAAGCCACAUGGUGGAAAAGCCCUACCAGUGCUCAACGUGUGAAAAGUUCUUCAAGGACAGGUCAACUCUCAUCAGACACGAGAGAGUACACACAGGGGAGAAACCUUAUAAAUGUCUCGACUGUGGGAAAAGGUUCACCCGGAGCUCGGACAUUAUCGUACACCAGAGAAUUCACACGGGUGAGAAACCCUUUGAGUGCUCUGAGUGUGGGAAGAGGUUCAGCCAGAGAUCAAACCUUUUUACCCAUCAGAUCGUGCACACGGGGGAGAAACCCUUUAAGUGCCAUGAAUGUGGGAAAACCUUUGCACGGAGGUCAGAACUUACCAUCCAUCAGAGAACCCACACAGAGGAGAAGCCUUACCAGUGCUCCCAGUGUGAGAAAUCCUUCAGGGGGAGGUACGGACUCUUCAGGCACGAGAGGUUGCACACAGGGGAGAAACCGUACGAGUGCCCCGAGUGCGGGAAAAGCUUCGGGCAGAGUGGAGACCUCAUCACACAUCAACGAUUCCACACGGGCGAGAAGCCCUACCAGUGCUCCGAGUGCGGGAAGUUCUUCUGCAACAAAUCCAGCCUUGUGAAACAUCAGAAGUGGCAUUCAGGGGAGAAGCCGUACAAGUGCCACGAGUGCGGGAAAAGCUUUGGGCAGAGCUCAGACCUCAUCGCCCACCAGCGAACCCACACGGGCGAGAAGCCCUACCUGUGCCCCGAGUGUGGGAAAAGGUUCACCAGGAAAUCCAGCCUCCUAGUCCAUCAGCGGGGGCACAGGGGAAGGAGAACUUCCAAAUGCUCAAAAUGUGGGAAAACCACGGAGCAAAACUCUAGCAUUGGUGCUCCUGGGAGCAUAGCGAGGGAAAACACCUCCUCCCUGUGCUCCGCAUGUGCAAAGCCCCUCAAGGAGGAAUCAAACCUCCUGGAUCAGAGAUGACAUGGAGGAGGAAAACCUUACAAGUGCCUGGAACAUGAGAAAUGGCUUGGCCAGCACUCAGACCUCCCUC